AUGAAGUUGAACAACAUCGUCAGCCAGGCUGUUCUCGUCAUGGGACUGGCAUCCAGCGCACUCGCCGGUGCCAACUGCGCGUAUGAGGGCGGAUGGGUACACAAAUGGCGCGUUACGGCCACCGGCGUCUAUGAAAUUCCUGGCUGGUGCGGCGGCCUAUGGGACAACAUGAAGAGUUUCCAGGGAGACUGCCCCAUCUCUAAUGCUUUUUGCGGAGGUGAGAACGGGUUCCUGGAAUGGACAUUCACGACUUCGAACACUUGCAGUCCAGGGGCUGUGGAGGCCGCAUGGUGGGAGGCAACUAAGAAUGAGUUUGGUUCAAUCGUUUGUGGCCAUUAG